AAUUCCUCCCAACAACUCCACCGUCGAAUAAGUCCUUAAAUAUCCUAUUUUCUCAACCACGAAGAAAUGGGGGGCAAAUCUGAUAACAAGGCCGCUUACUUUGAUAAGCUCAAGAACCUCCUCGAGGAGUACAAGAGCAUCUUCAUUGUCCAGGUGGACAAUGUCUCCUCGCAGCAGAUGCACGAAAUUCGACAGUCCCUCCGUGGAGAGGGUGUCGUUCUCAUGGGCAAGAACACCAUGGUCCGUCGCGCCUUGAAGGGGUUCAUCGGCGACUUCCCAGAAUACGAGCGUCUUCUGCCUCACGUCAAGGGCAAUGUUGGCUUUGUCUUCACCAACGCCGAUCUCAAGGAGACCCGUGACAAGAUCCUCUCCAACCGUGUCGCUGCCCCUGCUCGUGCUGGUGCCGUCGCUCCAGGAGAUGUCUACAUUCCAGCUGGAAACACCGGGAUGGAACCUGGUAAGACCUCUUUCUUCCAGGCCCUUGGUGUCCCGACGAAGAUUGCCCGUGGUACUAUUGAAAUUACCACCGAUCUGAAGCUCGUCGAGGCUGGCACCAAGGUUGGUGCUUCUGAAGCCACGCUUCUCAACAUGUUGAACAUUAGUCCCUUCACCUACGGAAUGGGUAUAGCUCAGAUUUAUGAUGAUGGACAGACGUUCGCAUCCGACGUUCUUGAUAUCGAAGAGUCCCAGCUUCUCAAGGCCUUCUCUUCAGCUAUCACGACGAUUGCCAGUGUCUCCCUGGCAGUCGGCUAUCCGACUCUCCCAUCCGUCAUCCAUUCUGUCGUCAAUUCAUACAAGAAGGUGCUCGCCAUUGCCAUCGAAACUGACUAUGACUGGGAGGAGAUCGAGGAGCUCAAAGACCGCAUUGCUAACCCUGACAAAUACGAGUCCGCUGCUCCAGUUACCACCGGUGGCGGUGGAGGCGAUGCUCCAGCUGCGAAGGAGGCCGAGAAGGAGGAGGAACCAGAAGAGUCAGAAGAUGAGGACAUGGGUUUCGGCCUGUUUGACUAGGUGCUCAACCGGAAUCUCCUGCAUGGCGCAACAGUCUGCAUUAUUGGUUGGUCACUACGUUCGGGUCAUGCUUUGACGAUAUAGGACAACUAACAAUAAUAUGAAAUGCUCGAAACCUCUAGAAACAAGGU